AUGACAGCAGCAGCUUCCAUGAAAAAGUCCUGGCAGCAAAGGAAAAAGGGAAUUAUGAAGAAAGCCGAUGAAGUGCGAAUCAAGUUCAAUGCCCGCGUUGCGGUGCUCAUCGAAAAGGAUGGUGUUUUGUACGCCUAUAAGUCACACAAAGACUUCCCCGCCGCUCUUCCUGGCCGGCUCCUGGAGUGUAACACGGUCACCCCGGAGGAUUACAUGACCGUCAGACAGACGCAGCGCAGCAAUACUGGAGCUGCACCUUCAACGCCUCGGUCCGACGACAGCUUAUCAGCGGCGACCGGGACUGACGAGCCCAUGACAGGCUUCACCCCUAGGCCCCUGACGCAGCCCAUGCGUCGGAGCUAUUUCGACAGUUUGGAUGUAGAGGUUGACGAUUGUCUGUUUGAUUUGAGCAUGUAG